UCAUCGAAACACUUCGUACAGCUGAACUUUUCUCUUUCAACCAAGAAUCCUUUCCACUUUAUUAUCUUCAUUUACCGACACCGACUCAACCCCGUAAUUUAGUCGCGUCGCGCAUCGCAUCACUCACGAUGUCUGACUACGCUUCUCUAAAGGUCCCGGAGCUCAAGAAACUUCUCCAGGAAAAGUCUCUCCCCGUUACCGGUAAUAAAGCCGACCUGAUCGCGCGUCUACAGGAACACGAUAAACCUAAAGCCGAACCUGCUCAAGAAAAUGAAGAUGAGAUUGACUACAGCGACGACGAUGUGCCUGCUGCAACAAAGCCCACAGAAUCUGCCAAAGCCGUUGAACCCACUCCGGUGCCAGUUGAGGGGAAGCCUUCGGAAUCUAGCACCAUUGAAGCCGCCAAGGAAUCAGUCGAUGCUGCCACACUAGUAGAUAAGCCUACCGAGACCGAAGUCGCAUCGGAAGAGACAGCAAAUCCCGAGAUCCUCAAGGCUGACUUUUCCGCACACCUUCCAGCCUCCGAUGCCGAUGAAGAGGCACGCAAGCGUGCCGAGCGAGCUAAGCGAUUCGGUAUUGUCGAGGACGAGGAAGAUAAGAAGAAGACCGCACGAACCGAGCGUUUUGGCGUAGACUCGUCAUCCCUAGCUAAGGGACUUGAUUCUGCCUUACCUGAGAAGAGAGCGCCAAAGCGAGGAAGGGAAGGGGGCAAUGGCAACGCCAACGCGAACAUCGAGGGCGAACGAGGAGCAAAGCGCCAAAACCCUGGUGGUCGCCAUCGAGGCAAGGGUCGUUUCCGCCAUGGCGGAGGCGGAAGCGGAAGACAAGGUGGUCCUCCCAGAAAGGAGGGCAAUUCUACCGCUCCACGGGGCAGGUCUGGAAUCAUGAAUGAUCCAACCGAAAAAGCAAAGGCAGAAGCACGAGCGAAGCGAUUUGGCGGUGGUUCUUGAAUAAAGACGAACGAGGUUAGACCGACGUGCUUUAUCGAAUCCAACAAAUCGAGGCCAAGGCACGGGCGAGACGAUUGAGAUGGACAUUCGUGAAGAAGAUUCAUGUUUUACCGCGAUCUCUUAUCACUGCGAAUCGAAAUGCCGGGUGGUUCUUCAAAUCCGGAGAGGGAUCCUGCAUUAAUGCUAUUCGCGAUAAGGAUCCCUGGCGCUCUCUGUACUCUAGUUCGUCCAUUCUAUUAAGCCACGACGCAUGCCUUGAUCAUGCUCUUCUCACUCUGGACGGGUGGCUGGCAUCAUCAUGAAUGAUAAUAUUGGUUUACCAGACUAUCGAAUGAAGCGAUGAAAGUGAACGAAUAUAUCCAGAAUAUGGGUUGAAUCGGUCGAAGUGCUGGCGGUCGUGUUGAGAAUACAUCUCACCCUCUUGGACGUAGCCUAAUUCCGAAGG